CUUACCCGGGUCUUCUAUACAUUCUAAUAGAAUGGACGAGGAGAGGAUGACCAUGACGGAGACGAUAUUAAGUCUCACCAUGGAGAUUAUCUACCUGCUGCUAGGAGAGGAAUACUCGAUAGUGAAGAGGACAUCUGAUGAUCAUGUGACACCCGGCAGCCAAUCCCAUGUGUCGGAGGGAUGGAACAGAAACCAGGUCCCUACCAUGGAGCCGUCACCUGAGAGGAACGACAAGAAGAUUCUAGAGGUCAUCAACAAGAUCAUUAUGCUUCUCACCGGAGAGGUCCCUUUAAGGUGUCAGGAUGUGGCCGUCUACUUCACCAUGGAGGAGUGGGACUAUUUAGAAGGACACAGGGAUCUCUCAGAGGACAUCAUGGUGGAGAAUCUGCACCUCUUCACGUUGCCAGACGGCCAACACAACAUUGAUAACAUCGAGGAAGUUCUGAUCACGUCUGACAUCGAAGAUGAUGACAUCACAUCCGAUUCCUCAGAAGACAACUCCCUCGCCCCAUACUUCCACCCGGAACUUCACUUUGAGGACCUGUCAUCGGAUCCCUCCACACAGGGGGGGUUCUAUCCCGAUUACGGCCCCCCAGCCACCUAUGUGGACGAGAAGUUCCCAUUUGAUGAGCAUGGUGAAGGUCUCGCUGAGAGAGCUGAAGCCGCGCCUCUGCAGAGGGUCUGCGCAGCGCAGAAGCUUCAUCCGUGCCCCGAGUGCGGCAAACGUUUUCCCUGCAAAUCGGCUCUGAUCAGGCACGAGAGGGUCCACACGGGGGAGAAGCCGUAUUCCUGCCCCGAAUGCGGCAAACGCUUCCCCCGCAAAUCGGCUCUCAUCAGACACGAAAGCAUUCACACGGGGGAGAAGCCAUAUUCCUGCUCCAAGUGCCAAAAAUGCUUUUCCCGAAAAUCGGCUCUUCUCAUACACGAAAUAGUCCACACGGGAGAGAAGCCCUACUUGUGUUUCAAGUGCGGGAAAUGCUUCCCCCGCAAAUCGGAUCUCGUCAUUCACGAACGCGUCCACACGAAGCAUAAGCCGUACCCCUGUUCUGAGUGCGGAAAAUGUUUCUCUCAGAAAUCGGAACUGAUUAAACACAAAAGAGUUCACACGGGGGAGAAGCCCUACGCAUGCUCGGAGUGCGGGAAGUGCUUUUCCCAGAAAUCCAUCCUUAAUCGCCACGAAAGAGUCCACACGGGUGAGAAGCCCUUUUCCUGCUCGGAGUGCAGCAAACGUUUUUCCCGCAAAUCCUAUCUCAUGGUGCACAGGAGGGUUCACACAGGGGAAAAGCCGUAUUCGUGCCCCAAGUGUGGGAAAAGUUUUUCCCAUAAAAUGGCUCUUAACAGGCACGAAAUCGUCCACACGGGGGAAAAGUCGUAUUCCUGUUCCGAGUGCGGCAAGUGUUUCACCCAGAAGCUGCAUCUCAUUAAACACGACCGGGUCCACACCGGGGAAAGGCCAUAUUCGUGCGCAGAGUGCGGGAAGUGUUUUUCCCAGAAAUCGGAUCUUAGCAGGCACGAGAGGGUUCACACGGGGGUGAAGCCAUAUUCCUGCUCCCUAUGCGGGAAGUCUUUUUCUCGUAAAUCCUAUCUGAUCGCACAUGAAAGAGCUCAUCAGGGGGACUGCGUUCCUUCCCAAGUCCCUAAAAUCUUCCUCCAGAUCGGCAACGCGAUGGAAUCUACUGAACUGGUUGUUUCCUGCCUAGCGCGCAUGUGUAUUCCAAUAUGUGGGAUGUCUCCAUCAUGGCGGAUCGCGCCCCAACAACCGUCAGACGACCAAACGUCCCGAAAAACAAACAUGUCCUGCCGGAAUCUGGCCGGGUUUGGAGAAGACGGAUACAAGGGGCGCGGCAUGGGGUCAGGGAGAUGCGUGGUUGGGGACAGGCAGGAGGUCGGGACUGGCGGCGGACGCAUAGGUGCCGAGGAAUCCCGGGGGGAGGGGUCACAGUUCUGGUCGUCGUCUCGGAAUAUGGAGGAGGAACGGAUGAAGAUGACGGAGAGGAUAUUGGGUCUUACUAUGGAGUUCAUCUGCCUGCUGACAGGAGAGGAAUGCACAAUAGUGAAGAAGACCAGUGAUCAUGUGACCCACGGCAGCCAAUCCCAUGUGUUAGAAGAAUGGAGCAGGAGACAGAGCGCCAUCAUGGAGCCUCCACCUCAAUAUAUGACACCAGAGAGGACCAACGACAAGAAGAUCCUGGAGGUCAUCAACAAGAUCAUUGAGCUUCUGACUGGAGAGGUUCCUCUCCGGUGUCAGGACGUCUCGGUCUAUCUCUCCAUGGAGGAGUGGGAGUAUCUGGAAGGACACCGGGACCUCUACAAGGACGAUAUCACGGAGGAGGAUCCGAGGCUCCUCCCAUCAUUGGAUGACAGAAAUAAGGGAGCACAGAGUCGUAUUAUCUCCCCAGAUCAGAACAUUAACGUUGAGGACGUCUCCGCUUCGUCAGAAGUUGUCCCACCUCAGAGCGCUCCUGUUGAGGACAAACCAAGUUCCUGUCCUAAAUGUCAGGAAAUUCUUCCCGGCAAAUCGGAAGUCCCCAGACCCGAGCGAGUCCCCAAGUCAUAUUCCUGCUCCAAGUGCGGGAAAAGCUUCAACUGCAAAUCCAUGUUCAUCGUACACAAAAGAUCUCACACCAACCAGAAGUUGUAUUCGUGUUCGUGGUGCCAGAAAGCUUUCUCCCAGCCAUGCUUUCUGGAGAGACAUGAGAGGAUCCACACUGGGGUGAAGCCAUAUGCAUGUUUGGAAUGCGGACGGAGUUUUGCGCAGAAGUCGGAUCUCGGGAAACAUUAUAGAGUUCACACGGGAGAGAAGCCGUAUUGCUGCCCCAAGUGCGGGAAGGGUUUCUCCCAUAAACCUUCUCUCACCAGGCACAAAUGUCUGCACAAAGGGGAGAAGCCAUAUUCCGGUAAAGAGUGUGGGAAAUGCUUUCCUCGCAAACCAGAUCUCGGCAAACACGAAGUGGUUCACACGAGGCAAAAGUUGCAUUCGUGUUCCAAAUGCCAGAAAUGUUUUGUUCACAAAUGGAGACUCAUCCGACAUGAGAGACUUCACAGGGAAAGCAAGUCCUAUCCGUGUCCUAUAUGUGGUAAAACCUUCCCCCGCAGAUGGAACCUCUUACUACACAAGGAGAUCCAUGUGAGAGUCAAGUUGUUUUGGUGUAUGGUGUGCGGGAAAAGUUUUCCUCAGCAAGCGGAUCUUUUCGAACAUGAGACAGUCCACGCGGAGGUGAUGCCUCAUUCAUGUGCUGAGUGUGGAAAACAUUUUUCCCGGAAAUCCGAUCUCGUGAAACAUCAGGUGGUCCACACGGGAGAGAAGGCCUUCUCCUGCUCCAAAUGCGGCAAGUGCUUUUCCCACGGCUCGUCCCUUACUAGACACGAAAGGAUCCACGCGGCGGAGAAUCCGGACAAUUUGUGUAACCAGUGUGGGAAAAGCUUUGCUCGAAAGUCAGCUCUCCGCAAACAUGAGCUGGUUCACGUGAGGGAGAAGCCUCAUUCCUGUUCUGAAUGUGGACAAUUUUUCAACUGCAAAUCGGAUCUUGAAGAGCACGUAACAGUUCACACGAAGUUGAACCUCAUCGGACACGAGAGUGGACCCCAGGAGUCCCGGUCUAUGUUGGAGCAUAAGAGGGUGGAGGGGAGCUGCAUUCCUGUUCCCAAUGACAGAGAUAAGGGAGCACAGAGUCGUAUUGUCUCCCCGGAUCGAGACAUCAAAGUUGAGGACGUCUCCGCUGCUUCAGGAGGUGACCUCAUCCCUCUGGACCUUCCUCAGAAUCUUCUCUGUGAACCUCCCCCCUCAGACCCCCCUACACUUGGGGUUUCUCUUCCUGAUCAUGGACCUGGUGCCCCCCAUCCUCCGGCCCCCGCAAUGUGUGACACUGUAUCAUCUUCUGACCUCGGAGAGCCAUUCACUAAGAGAGAAGAAGUUGUCCCACCGCCUGUUGAGGACACUCCAAGUUCCUGUCCCAAACCUCAGGAAAUUCUUCCCGGCAAAUCGGAACUCCCCAGACCCGAGCGAGUCCCCAAGUCAUAUUCCUGCUCCAAGUGCGGGAAAAGCUUCAACCGCAAAUCCAUGUUCAUCAUCCACAAAAGAUCUCACACCAACCAGAAGUUGUAUUCAUGCCCGUUGUGCGGGAAGAUUUUCCCCCAGCAGUCGGAUCUGGCCAGACAUGAGAAGAUCCACACAGGGGUGAGACCCUAUCCGUGUUUGGAAUGCGGAAAACGUUUUUCGCAGAAAUCGGAUCUCGUGAAACAUCAGACGGUUCACACGGGUGAGAAGCCGUAUUGCUGCCCCAAGUGCGGGAAGUGUUUCUCCCAUAAUUCUUCUCUCACCAGGCACAAAAGGCUGCACACAGGGGAGAAGCCAUAUUCCUGUAAAGAGUGUGGGAAAUGCUUUCCUCGCAAACCAGAUCUCAGCAAACACGAAGUGGUUCACACGAGGCAAAAGUUGCAUUCGUGUUCCAAAUGCCAGAAAUGUUUUGCGCACAAAUGGAAUCUUAUCCGACAUGAGAGACUUCACAGGGAAAGCAAGUCCUAUCCGUGUCCUAUAUGUGGCAAAAUCUUCGCCCGCAGAUGCAACCUCUUCCUACACAAGGAGGUCCAUGCGAGAGAAAAGUUGUUUUGGUGUUCUGUGUGCGGGAAAUGUUUUCCCCAGCAAGCGGAUCUUUUCAAACAUGAGACAGUCCACGCGGAGGUGAAGCCGCAUUUGUGUGCUGAGUGUGGAAAACAUUUUUCCCAGAAAUCCGAUCUCGUGAAACAUCAGGUGGUCCACACGGGAGAGAAGGCCUUCUCCUGCUCCAAAUGUGGUAGAUGCUUUUCCCACAGAUCGUCCCUUACUAGACACGAAAGGAUCCACGCGGCGGAGAAUCCGGACAAUUUGUGUAACCAGUGUGGGAAAAGCUUUGCUCGAAAGUCAGAUCUCAGCAAACAUGAGCUGGUUCACGCGAGGGAGAAGCCUCAUUCCUGUUCUGAAUGUGGACAAUGUUUCCGACGCAAAUCGGAUCUUGAAGAGCACGUAACAGUUCACACGGGGGAGUUGUAUUCAUGUUCCACGUGUGGGCAGAGCUUUUCCCGCACGUCGGAUCCUAAUGACCACGAAAGAGUCCACAUGUUGGGAGGAGACGUGAAUAUGUUACAAAUGCAGGAAAACGUUUCUCUGGAAGUUCCAUCAACUCAGACGUGA